ACUGGUUAUUUAUUUCUCAGAGAUACUGAAGAAGUUAUCUGACUAGGCAGCUGACAGGGACCUUGAUAGUGCCAGAGUACAAGUGCACAUAAUUCCUUCUAAAUUAUCCAAAUCUAACUUUAUAUGAUAUUUUAUAAUACUUUUGAAAGAACUUGAAGAAAAAUCCCAUCACUGGAUAUUGGAGUGUGCUGCCCUUGCUUUCCAAUAUUUUUCAUAGCUUAGCCAUGGAAAUAUCUCUUUUCUUAGCAAAGAAUCACAUUUAGAACACCAGAAGAAAACAAAAAGAAUUCUUUUGAAGAUCAGGGAAUUAUCCAGCCAGAAACAAUGUCUCUCUUCAUACCUCCUGACAUUAAAACAUUUGCAUCAUGGGACUAUGUUGUUUUUGCUGCACUCUUUCUAAUUUCUGCUAGCAUUGGAGUCUUUUUUGCAAUUAAGGAGAGAAAAAAAGCAACUUCAAAGGAAUUUUUAGUAGGUGGUAGGCAGAUGACAUGUGGGCCUGUAGCUCUGUCCCUUACAGCUAGCUUUAUGUCAGCAGUGACUGUUCUGGGAACACCAUCAGAGGUGUAUCGCUAUGGGGCAUCCUUCAUUCUUUUCUUCAUUGCAUAUACUUUUGUCAUCAUUUUCACUUCUGAACUUUUCCUACCUGUGUUCUACAGAUCUGGGAUUACAAGUACAUAUGAGUAUUUGGAGUUAAGAUUUAACAAGUCUGUUCGUUUUGUCGCAACAUUCAUCUACAUAUUGCAGACGAUCCUCUACACAGGAGUGGUGGUUUAUGCUCCAGCACUGGCUCUCAACCAAGUGACUGGAUUUCACCUUUGGGGCUCUGUAUUUGCAACAGGAAUUGUCUGCACGUUCUACUGCACUCUGGGAGGAUUAAAAGCUGUUGUCUGGACGGAUGCAUUUCAAUUUGUUGUCAUGGUGCUUGGUUUUUUAACGGUUCUGAUUCAAGGAACUCUUUUGAAUGGUGGACCUAGCAUGAUUUGGGAAAGAGCAAACAAUGGAUCCCGACUAACCAUAUUUGACUUUGAUGUAGAUCCCUUAAGACGACAUACUUUUUGGACAAUUGCAUUUGGAGGAACCUUUACAUGGUUAGGAAUCUAUGGAGUUAAUCAGUCCACUAUGCAGAGAUGCAUUUCCUGCAGAUCAGAAAAACAAGCUAAGUUAGCACUUUACCUUAAUUUAGUGGGACUCUGGAUAAUCCUGGUAUGUGCAGUCUUUUCGGGUUUGGUGAUGUAUUCUCAUUAUAAGAACUGUGAUCCUUGGACUGCUGGCUUCAUUUCCGCACCUGAUCAGCUGAUGCCUUAUUUUGUUAUGGACAUUUUUUCCUCAAUUCCAGGACUCCCAGGACUAUUUGUUGCAUGUGCAUUCAGUGGAACCCUAAGCACUGUAGCUGCAAGCAUAAAUGCUCUUGCAACAGUAACAUUCGAGGAUUUUGUCAAGAACUGUUUGCCAAAUCUCUCAGAAAACAUGAGCACCUGGGUCAGCAAAGGCCUAUGUAUAUUAUUUGGUGUCCUGUGCACUUCAAUGGCUGUGGCAGCAUCACUUCUGGGAGGAGUUGUGCAGGCUUCACUCAGCAUUCAUGGCAUGUGUGGGGGGCCCAUGCUAGGGUUAUUUACAUUAGGAAUUGUGGUUCCUUGGACUAAUUGGAAGGGUGCCUUGGGAGGCCUUUUGACUGGAAUCACAUUAGCUUUUUGGGUAGGUAUUGGAGCUUUUAUUUAUCCGGCACCAUCUUCAAAAACCCUUCCUCUGGAUUUAUCAACAGCCAACUGCACUCUAGCUAACAGCACAGAGAUACUAGCUACAAUGGCUCCUACUGAACCUCCUUUCAGACCACAACUGGCAGAUACCUGGCAUUCCCUGUCCUACCUUUACUAUAGUGCUGUGGGCUGUUUAGGGUGUAUUUUGGCAGGACUUUUGAUAAGCUUUAUCACAGGACCGAACAAAGGUAAAGAUAUUAAACCAGUGUUAAUUAGGCCUGUCUGCAACCUAGUUUGCUUUUGGUCUACACGAUACAGAACAUUAUGUUGGUGUGGUGUUGACCAUGGCAGCAAAGUAAUUCAUGAGGAUUCUGAAAAUAAUCUGUGUAAAGAUACUGCAAAGGUGAUAGGAAUAGACAAGGCCUCCCAGGAUGGAUUCAAGAAAGAAAUUCCAAGCUAUUUACCUGGUUAUAAUCCCAAUGAAAAAUCUUACACUAACCCAAGCUUAGACACAGAAACGCAUUUCUAACAUAUGAUUUGGAAAAUAACAUAAUUUACUAUGGCAAUGAAACUGCAUUGCUCCAGAUUUGAAAAACAAGGACCAUCCCUGUCUGUUGCAUUCUACAAAGUUGUAGAUGACUAGUGCCACAUCAAGUUACUUAAGAAGACGAACUCAGGUUUUAUUUAUGAAAUACAUUUAAAAAACAAGGCAUCCAUUCUUAGGAGACAGUGAAAUGCUGGGAAUCCUGUUAUUUCAAAAGAAAUAUAGAAGCGAGUCAUAAAAUGUUAAUACCCACA